GUGGUAUUUCGUUGUACGAGGCGAGAUUAUUGUACGAUAUACGGCCUUGCUUGCUUGCUUAUUGUAUCUGAUUGUUUACUUCCAAAGAAGCUUCUCAUACUGCAAUAAUGGCUGACGAGGAACAGGCACCAACUGUGACUGUCGAAGAGCCACUGGAUCUCAUUAAACUCAGCUUGGAUGAGCGGAUCAAGGUGAAGAUGCGCAACGAGCGAGAACUCAAGGGCCGUCUGCAUGGCUACGACCAGCACCUGAACAUGAUACUCGGAGACGUCGAGGAGACGGUCACCACCGUUGACAUCGACGAGGAGACCUACGAGGAGGUGCACAAGACCACCAAGCGCACCAUCCCCAUGCUGUUCGUGCGCGGCGACGGCGUCAUUCUCGUGUCGCCGCCGAUGCGCGCCGGCAUGUAGCGGCCGCGCGCGUGCUGACAUCUAGCGGGGAGCGGUGCGAAGCUUGGCCCACCGGACAGCAAGGGGCGGGGCGGUCUAAGCGAGACAUGUCUCAGUCUAUAUUGUUUUCAUUGUCAUUGGAAGAGCAUCAUGCACUUGUUUAUCAUAUGCCUUCAUUUCUUUGUGGCUGUUUGGAUUCGCGUUUUGAUUCGCUGGGCAUCGAGGGUUAAAAUGGAGCGAGCUCGACGAAUAAAGUAAGAAUUGCCUGCA